AAUAGCAAGCCCCCAUUGAUAAAAAAAAUAUUUCUAUCCACUAUGCAAAGUUUUAGACACAGUGCUCUUAGUUCUCGUGUAGCUCCUAAACUCAAGUCAGUACAUCCCAAAGAUAAACUCAAGCAAUGGAAUAUUGUUACUGGUGACAAGGUCGCCAUUAUUGCAGGAAAGGACAAAGAUACUAUUGGUGAAGUCAAAUCAGUCGAUCGUAAAAACAACACUCUUAUUGUCGAAGGAAAGAAACUGGCAAAGAAGCACGUACCACAGCAACCUGGAUUUCCAGACGGUAUCUUUAGAAAGGAGAUGCCCAUUCACUAUUCCAAUGUCAUGUUACUUCACCCUGACACACAGAUGCCCACUCGCAUCGAUAGACGCAAAGUUGAAAAGACACUAGAAGACGGCCGAAUUGUGUCCAAAUGGACACGAUUUGUAAAAGGAACAGAUAUUGAAAUUCCCAAGCCUGAAAGAAAAUACAACGAUCAAGGAGAGGAACAAUUUACAACAGCACCCGAGGAUGUGCUUGCUGUCACAUAUAAACCGGAUCCUACACAACCCCCUUUCCCUUCUGAAAUUGUCAGAGAACUUAGAAACAUAUACAAGAAGAAACCAGCAACAACAGCAUAA